AUGAAACAGAUAUUUGAUCCUCAAAUAGAUGAGAAGGAUCAAAAAACAGAUCUAGAUGUCAUUCAAGGUAAACUUAAUGAAAUUGCAUCGAUCCUGGUAGAACAACAAACGGAACAACUUCGUCACUAUGAAUGGAUUGAACAAAAUAUUAGCCAGCGAUUUAAGUCAUUCAAGAUUCAUCUCCAGCAGAAUAUUGACCGAAUACAUGACCCUGUCAAAGCUCAGGAUUUUGUUAAGGAAGAACAAGCUUUUCUCCAUAUUCCAUAUCACGAUUUGAUACAAGGAACACUUAUCGGACAGGGUGGAUUUGGUGAUGUAUAUCGUGGAAGAUGGCUAUCUCGCGAUCACGAAGUAGUCAUAAAAAAGGUUCGAAUUCAAUAUUUACAUGACAACCAUAGAAAAGACUUAGUCAAUGAAAUUUCUAUGAUGUAUCAAAUCCGCUACGAUCAUAUUCUUAACAUAUUUGGUGGUUGCAUGGAACCCGAAAACUAUGCACUAAUAGUUGAAUAUAUGUCGCUUGGUUCCCUCUACGAUGUCCUCAAAGAGCAAACAUUACAACUGUCAUGGACUGAUCGAUGGUCAAUUGCUUAUCAGAUGACCAAAGGCAUCAAUUAUUUGCAUAAACUUCAAAAAGCAAUUAUCCAUCGCGAUAUUAAGUCACUCAACAUUUUACUGAAAGAGAAUGGGAAAGAUUUUCUCACCAAAAUUGCUGAUUUUGGUCUAGCUGAAAUACGUCACGAAACGAUGCGUCAAUCAUCCUACAAUCCUUUUGUUGGUACUUUGCAAUGGAAAGCACCCGAGUUAUUGGAAAUGGGAAGGCAUACAGAAGCUAGUGAUGUGUAUGCACUUGGCGUUGUGCUCUGGGAAUUAGGUACAGGAUGUGAAGCAUACAAAGGAGCUGAUGCUCAAACAAUCGAUACAUUCGUCCGACGAGGAGAUCGACUGAAAAUUCCUAUAAAUAUUCCCAAGUCAUUCUCAGACAUAAUUUCGAGAGCUUGGGCACAGGAACCUCUACAGAGACCAACCUGUCAACAGCUUCUCAAUUUAAUGAAAGAUGUCUCUUCCGAAGUCGCUAUAAAAGAAAAACUAAAGACUGCUGCUGCUAGUACUGAUCGAAGAAUAGUUGAAGAAGCCACAACUGGAAGUCUUUCACCACAACAACACAGUACAAGGUACAUAUUAGUAUUCUCUGCUGAUGGUGAUUUAACUUUUGUCUAUUUAUUCUAG